GAGCCAGACUGGCGCUUUCUUCCUGUUCCGUAUAUAUAUAGGUGUAUGUAUGUAUAUGACUCAACAUGCACUUUUAUUCAAUUAGCUCUCUCUAUUUCGAACCCUAGUCAAUCCCUCUCACCCGCUGUUCAUAAAGGAUUUUGAUCGUUGAACAAGACCAAGAAUUCAUAGUAAAUAGAGCUGUGUCAAGGUAUCAAUUUUUGUCAUAUAUGUUCAUGCAUGUGUUUAUGUCAGCCAGAAAUCCAGAAUUAUAGCUGUUUAUAUGUGAUUACUAGUUUUUAAACUGUUGUUAUUUUGACGUUCCAUUAAUCUCUCUCUCUCUCUCUCUCUCUCUCUCUCUCUCACACACACACACACAUGAUAUACAAUCCCACAAAUAAUUUGGAGCUAAAAUCAAAAGGGUGGUUAUUUAUGUGAUACAUCACAUAUAAUUUCAGGUAUUUUAUUCCCUACAAGUGAACUUCAAUAGAUAAAUUUAGAGUGUGAAGUUCCUCUAUGGCAGUUUUUAUGUUGGGUGGUGGUAAUUUUGUGUCUGUGUACUGUUGAACGAAAGGAAAUAGGGGCCAUUACCCAUCUUGAUCCCUGUUGACAAAGAGUGCUGACAAGAAUAUACUGAAUUCAAGGGUUAAAUUUGGGGAAUGUCUGAAAAUUUUGUGUUAGACUAUGUACAUAUGAAUCCAUCUUCAUUGUACGCUUGGAUUUCUUGUUUAAUUACUUGUGUUCGUGAGAAAUAUGUUCGCGUGAGCAACAUCACUGAGGUGUUGAUUUCUUUUCAGAUGUUACAGUUCCCGAGUUGGGAGGAAAAUCUCCAUUGAAUUCAACAAAUCAUGUUUUGUAGAUUUAUUGAAAAUAUUUAAUGGAUUAAAAGUCUCCACACUAAAUCUUUGUAAAUGUUUUGUAGAUUUAUCAAGUCUUUCGACUAAUCUAAACAAGAUAGAUGCUCGUAAAGGGUGGCAAUUCACACUUUUAAACAGCAUGUUGAAAUUGCUUGAAGGGGGUUUUCUUUUUGGGUCAAUAAUCCAAGAGGAUUUUAAGAGCUAAGGAUUUGGAUAUUCCUCAUAACAUACCAUAUAUAGGCUUAAAUUAUUUGUUUUUAUACCUGGAUUAUCUCCAAGAGGCUAUCUGUAAUGGGAUGAAUUUAACUUUUGGUACACUCACUAUCAGAAGAAGUAGCAUUUUACUGGUUUAUAUGCAUAUAUUUGGACAAUGUUUUUCUGUUUAUCUGUUAUAUAGUUAUACCGUUGGGUUUUUGAGAGGCUUAGCAGUGGCCUGAUAUUUUUUUAUGAUGAAAUGCUUAAUGUUAUGUUUCAUUCUCAAAACCUUAUUUUCUUGUUUGUGUUUGACAUUCAAAAUGUCUGGGGAAUAUAGAUUCCCAGUGAUACACUCUUAAAAUGGAUCAUCAAGGGCCUGGACAGCCCCCAGUUACUGGGGUGGUGGGUAGCUCAAUUCAGAUGCCAUACAUUGUUGCUCCAUAUCAAGCUAACCAAAUGAUUUCUCCCCCUGCAUCCGUUGGAUCAGUUCCGCCUCCUUCAUGUACAUCUGGCCUCUCUGCUCCUCCAGCUCAGUUUGGACAACAUCAGCUUGCUUAUCAGCAUGUCCACCAGCAGCAGCAGCAACAGCAAUUGCAGCAACAACUCCAGAGUUUUUGGACAAGCCAGUAUCAAGACAUCGAGCAGACAACUGAUUUUAAGAACCAUAGCCUUCCAUUGGCUAGGAUUAAGAAGAUUAUGAAAGCAGAUGAGGAUGUUAGAAUGAUAGCAGCUGAGGCUCCUGUCAUAUUUGCCAGGGCCUGUGAGAUGUUCAUCCUUGAGUUGACUCUACGGUCUUGGAAUCACACCGAGGAGAACAAAAGGAGGACACUUCAGAAGAAUGACAUUGCAGCAGCCAUCACAAGGACUGAUAUAUUUGAUUUCUUGGUUGAUAUUGUACCGAGGGAAGAUUUGAAAGAUGAGGUACUUACAUCUAUCCCAAGAGGGACUCUUCCUGUUGGAGGUCCAACUGAGGGUCUUCCUUACUACUAUAUGCCACAGCAACAUGCUUCGCAGGCUGGAGCUCUGGGGAUGUACAUGGGGAAGCCUGUGGAUCAAGCCCUUUAUGGCCAGCAGCCUCAUCCUUAUAUAGGUCAGCAGAUGUGGCCUCAGCAACAGCAACCGCCUGAAGAUUCUUGAGCAGGGACGGUGUGGCUUGACCAUGACCGUGAGUAAUGAUGUGAGUGUUGAUCAUCAUACUUUCCACAUGAAGUUAAAUAUAGAUAGUGCCUUACCCUCCUUGUUGCAUCACUCCUAAUCCUGUCAAAGAAUUGAAAACCAGUGGGAAUCGACGAAACCCUUUUUUCUUUCCUUUUCAGCCGACUUGAAAGGUGGUCUCAGUGUACCGCCAUACGCACCCAGACAUUAGACCAAUUGUGACUGGCCCAAUCGGUUUAAUUUCUAAGAGAAAUGCUUUGGUUAUUUGAGUUUCUAGGGGACACAAACUAAAUCAGAAUUUGUUUAACUUUUCUCCUCAUUUUUAGCUCUUUUACUGACCAUUGCUUUGAUGAAAUGGCAUUUGCAGAAGGGUUUGAUGGGGAAGGUUGCUUGAAUGUCAAUGAACAAGAAAAUUUGCCAAAGAGAGUAAAGGCCAAAUAGGAGACCUCAAGAUGUACAUAUAUGUAUGAUGAAAUUUUUACCACCUUCAGUUCAUGGAAUGAGGAGUCCAUCUUUUAUAAUUAUCACUUUUCUAUGUUAGAGAGAU